UGUGGAGUGCGAGACAUUCCCGAGGUAGCUCCGCCUCCACGUCUGCGCUCACAGCUCAACGUGAUUGUUCCUUGGGAGCAGUGGGCGCACGCCGAGCACCGGGGCACGGUCAUUAGGCGCACUCACUGGUGCAGUGCUUCGUAGUAUCACCGGGGAAAUAUAGCAAUAGCAGUGGCUCGUGCUGCAAAGAGUCAGUCUGUAGAGACGCUGUUGGCUCGUUUUGCUGGCCAAUGCUUUCUUACAUUGAAAAGUUGGUAAGCAAGACGCGCCCGGCCGAUCAGCUGUGGUAUCCCCGUUAAUAACGCCGAGGGGACAGCGAAGGACGACGGUUCGAUUCCAUCUCAACAGUCGCUCCGAGAGGACUGGCGAUCUCUGGAUUGUGAGUUCAGCGUUGCUAACCAUUGCACCACUGGCCGCUGUCUUCAUGUUGCGGUUACAAAGAUAGAGUGGACAAAAGUGUGUAUUCGACCUGCAGGAGUUACGAUUCAAAAGAUUCGUACCCUACUCCACUCCCUGCCAAGUACCCAUCGCAACAUCUGAAACUUGGGGCACGUCAAAGACAGACUUAUAAGUGUGCAGCGCCCUUCAUAGAGCAGGGUGCGAUACAGCCUUGCAAUAAACUCUCAGCGUUCUGACGAUCAAGGACGUUGACUGGAACACAGCUAUUGAUCAAGCUGGCGAUGACAACCUGAUGACAGCCCCAACCAAGAAUCGUAACGAAAUUGACGGCAAUCCGGCACGCGGUCAGACAAGGACACGAAGAACGAAUUUCACAAAGUCGGGGAAAGCCCCAAGAACAAUCCCAGAUACUCAAAUAUCACCCGUUGUUGAUAAUGUAUUUAACCAACCACAAUCCUGAAAGGAGCUAAACGAGCACCAACGAAUCUCAAAGAAUCUGGCAACAGCCAACCAGGAACAACGCGAGCUCAAAGAACACAAAUUGACAACCUCACAACAUCAAUUCAAUAGCAAUAGCUCAGGACCAAUCGAUCCUUUUAUUCUGAUUUAAAAAAUCAACACAAAAACACAUCUAUCAAUGACAAUCUAGGAACAGUCUAAUGUCAACUACAAUAAUAUUCUGACCAGAAGAACCACUGAACAAUCAUAGAACGCAAACAUUUUCAUCACUGACACUAUUAACAGCCCAGGAGUUACAAAUAACUCACAGACCACCCGCAGCGCAUGGUUAUCUGAUGACAACAUCAAUUAGCACGUACAAACAAUACGGAGCAAUCUGACGGCGUUUCUAAAUCCCCACCACCAUCACUAACGACUAUCCAAAAAGUAUCCAACAAAAAAACCAGCCUAACGGUAGACCACCCAUCAUUCGUCAUAUUACAAGGAGCGAUAUUACCAGACUACACAACCAGAGACCAACCAACCCCCCCCCCCCCCUCAAAAUCUGUACAACCUGAGCAGCAGCAACAGCGAGAGGUAUCAUUUCUGGCUGCAGCUGUCAAAAUGGCGAUUCACGUGGCUGGUCUGGUAGCCAUUAUCCUCUUCUAUGGCAUUAUCCUGGCCGUGGGGAUCUGGGCCGCAUGCCGAACCAAGAACGUCGGCGUGGGCGAGGGGAUGGAGCGCAGCGAGGCCAUCAUGGUGGGCGGCAGAGACAUCGGCCUGCUCGUCGGCGUGUUCACGAUGACAGCGACGUGGGUGGGAGGUGGAUACAUCAACGGGACGGCAGAGGCGAUCUACCUGCCCAGCUCUGGGCUCGCGUGGGCACAAGCUCCCUUCGGAUACGCCAUGAGUCUCGUUCUUGGAGGCCUCUUCUUCGCCAAGCCGAUGCGCUCGCGGGGCUACGUGACGAUGCUCGAUCCCUUCCAGCUGCUCUACGGGAAACGCAUGGGUGGCCUGCUCUUCCUGCCUGCGCUCUGCGGAGAGAUCUUCUGGUCGGGCGCCAUCCUGUCUGCUCUGGGAGCGACGCUGAGCGUGAUCGUGGACAUCAACAUCGACAUGGCCGUGGUGGUAUCGGCCUGCAUUGCGGUGCUCUACACGCUUGUGGGAGGGCUCUACUCCGUGGCCUACACGGACGUCGUGCAGCUUAUCUGCAUCUUCCUGGGCCUGGGUCUCAGCGUUCCGUUUGCCCUGAUGAACCCGGCCGUGAGCAGCAUCUCAGAAACGGCUCACGCGUCCGACACGCAGCCCGGCUGGUUGGGCAGCGUGGAUCCGCGCGACGCCUUUAUCUGGGUGGACAACUACCUCCUGCUCAUGCUGGGCGGAAUCCCAUGGCAGGUUUACUUCCAGCGUGUUCUGUCCGCGUCGUCAGCUGCCUACGCACAGGUGCUGUCCUACCUGGCGGCCUUCGGCUGCCUUGUGAUGGCUGUGCCCUGCAUCAUCAUCGGCGCUGUGGGGGCCUCGACGAACUGGAACGAGACGAGCUACGGCCUGCCUGACCCCAAGGCUCGCAAUGAGAGUGACAUGAUCCUGCCCAUCGUGAUGCAGCACCUGUGCCCCGAGUACAUCUCCUUCUUUGGCCUGGGUGCCGUGGCGGCAGCCGUCAUGUCCUCCGCCGAUUCCUCCAUCCUCUCUGCCUCCUCCAUGUUCGCUCGCAACAUCUACAAGUUGGCCGUGCGACAGCAGGCCUCUGACACGGAGAUCGUGUGGGUAAUGCGCAUCACCGUCUUCAUCUUCGGUUUCGCGGCCACAGCCCUGGCCCUGCUCGCCAAAUCCGUCUACGGCCUCUGGUAUCUGAGCUCGGACCUGGUGUAUGUCAUCCUCUUUCCGCAACUAAUCUGCGUGCUCUUCAUCAAGGGCGCCAACACGUACGGUUCGAUCACAGCCUAUGUGGUGGGCCUGCUCUUCCGCAUCAGCGGCGGGGAGCCCUAUCUGCACCUCGACCCGCUAAUAUGUUACCCGGGCUGCUAUAUCACCGACUUUGGGCAGGGCCCCGUCACUGUGCAGCGAUUCCCAUUCAAGACGCUCUCCAUGCUUGUGUCCUUCCACGUGAACAUUGCCGUCUCCUACCUGGCCAAGUACCUGUUCGAGAAGGGGCACUUGUCGCCACGCUUUGACUUCCUCGAUUGCGUCGUCGCCAUGGACAGCCGCGAGACGCUGGAGAAGGCCACGCUGGUGCGGGGCGGCUCUGCCUACCCCAUGGACUUGAGCGAUGGGGCCGUGGGUCCAGCGGCGGCCGUGGCUGCGAUGGCUGGAGGCGGAGGUGGCGGUGGCGGUGGCUUGCUCAUGGCCGAGUUAGCGCCGGCUGUUCUGGCGAGCGUCGGGGGGGCGGUGCUGCUGCAGACGUCGGCGGCGGCGGGGAGCGGCAGUGGCGGCGGACGGGCCCGGUUUGCGAGGUCUCGCCGAGGCCCUGAGCUGGUGGCAGCGGCAGAGGCCGCAGCGAAUGACAGCAGUAGCAGCGACGGCAGCAGUGGAGGAGGGGGGGUGCUGAGUUCUGCAUCAUCUCCUGAGGAGAUCUCCCACGGCGUGCCGCGCUGAGGUCUCGUGAGGGCCCAAACGUGAAUGAAAAAGUGAUGAGAUGGCGGUGGUGGGGCAGAGCAGACCGGUAGAAGGUGGAGCACAAUAGUCAACCACAUUCUAGCCCUAACCAACAACCCAACCUGGCCUAGGCCUAACCCUGACCCUGGUGUCCACACGUUUUGUUAUUUUUUUUCAUGUUUGGUCUUUUACAGAAUGGGUCCUCCACAGCCUCCUCUUCUUCAACAAUCGAGAACACCCAAAUAUAUCAUUCACCCUUCGAGCAAUCGCGUGUAACCGUCUUGUUGAGCGUGCGUCUCCGCACAUUUAAAACAUAUUUUUCAUUUGGCAACAGGUUUCCUGGCAUUUAAUACCAUCUCGGAAUGGUCUGCACAUGUUUAAUGCUCAGUAACGUCAUCAAGUGCUGCUUCUAUAAACGCUCUUUCGUCUCUAGACAUAGCACCCUCGUUACUAACUGCGAGGUCCGUCUAGUUUCACAUCCUACUCAGUCUAGACAGCCUUCCAUCUUCAGUCACUGCUGCUUGCCCUUCCAGGUCAGGACUUCCAAGAGACUACAAAUCUCCAAAUUUCGACUAAAAACGUAACUGCUUAAAUGUCUCGCUGUAGUUAUUUUCAAACGUCUUUCUCACUUCCUCUUUCUUUGGUUGAUGUUAACUAUUUUCACCUUUCCAUGCAUAGUGCCCUGAGAAAGAUUGUUUUAAGAGCGCUUUAUAAAUGUAAAUUAUUAGAAAUUUUAAAUGCUUAAUGCAAACUGUCCACCUCAAUGGUAAACGAUGCUUAAUAUUUCAAAGUAAAACCUGUUCUUAAAACACGACUAGGAAAGUAUCUCGAUUGAGUACAGUCCAUGUUUAUGUUCAUCUGAUAAUCGCAUAACGCACAGAAACGUAUGCGGAAAAAAAAUGCCCCUAUUAAUGGACUUCGCAACAAGAUAAAGAGCUCUUGCCGAGUAGCAACGCAAUGGGUGCGUAAUGAUCCACCUGAACUGCCCUCCCUCACGUCCGCCAGCAAGUUUAUGAAAUUGGCAAACUUUGGCAUCCCGAUUCACGAAUCUACAAUUUUUAUUUAGUUUUUUCAAAUGCUUCUUAUUUGUAUUUUUUUCUCUCGAAAUGUUUCGGUAAAAUUUCGUACUACUUAACCUACUAAAAUAACGUAAUAUGUUUCACGAACCAAAUAUUGGCACGUGCAUAAACGCCCAUUGAAUGAAGUUGGCCAAACUUCCCAAUAUAGGAUGGUAAAGCUUGGGCAAUUGCAUGUGCACCGUUUCCGGCAUCCUUCCCAAGUGCUUGGCCGCGUUUUUUUUUCCCUGUGCCUACAUGCGAACAAAAAUCUGUGCACGUUACAAUAUCUACAGCAGAGUAUGACCUGCAAUUUGCGCUGAAUAGUGCCGCUGUGUAAAAAUAAGACAUUCUUGUUAUACGUAUACACUUUGUAAAUAAUUUAUUCUCUACACAAAGUGAUACACCGAUCAAAAGCCUUAGAGUAUAUGUUAAUUGAUGAACCAAUGCAUUGAGUUGAAAGCAUCUUCAUAAUCAGAAUCAACCAUGAUCAAUCCACAGUUGGGUGAAGGUCUCACAAUGCCGGUGGCAUCUUUCACGAUCCUGUGAUGAUGCAACGAGCCAUCAGCAUCCACACAUUAAAUAUUUGUAUCGCUCCAUCUCCUUGGUGGUGCUCUCAGAUUCAUGCCAUUCCUGGGCUGCCACUCCAUUAUUAGUCUUGACAAUGGUUCACCGUUACGUGUCCUGCCCAAGCCCGCUCAUUUUUAUUCACGGUGUAGAUGUUGUCAUUAACCUGUGUUCUAAUGUUCUUGUGCUCCUCUUGCUGUCUCUCAAUGCAAUUCCUCGCAAGCAACUCUCUGUACGUCUUUGCAUACUUUUAACAUUUUUGUUUCUUAUUUUUUGUGACUGACCACAGAGUUUCCGAACCGUGCGUCAGAGCAGAGUGGCACUCACCGAUUAAGCUUCAUGGAACAUAAACAUUUAAUCUCGAAUUGCAGUCAGGCUUGCCGUUAUAGAACUCUAUGGGUGACACUUAAGUAUAAACAAUGAGUGCCGGUGUUGUGCCUGAACGUGACUUUAAAUUGCGGGACGCCCAGUUGAGGUAUAUACAGUAUCUACAAGACAAGAGCUCUUUGUGUUUCGUGUCUUGUCUUCCUGUACCUACGCACUAGUACAUAUAUACACACAGCUCUGUGUAAAGUAGUGACAUUUGUCUUCGCCUUCCCAUGCCUCUUGGGAAGAUUAUAGUCUCGUAGCUCUGGCCACUUACGUGAUGUGUGUUGGUGUUGGUCGUUAUACUGUGAAAUUAAUCGCAUCGGAAACGAUCCGUCAUCCGUGUUGUCUUAUCAAAACCGCAACGUGGACUUUUGCACCAAAAAAAUAUGAACACCUCGGAAUACCACCCGUCCAGUUGUCUCACACACCCUGAACAUUCUGGGAAUUGGGGUUUGUAUUCGGGUCGUGCAGGAACCGACUUGUAUGAAGACCUGGUACAAGUUUUGCUGUGUUGCACUUUAUUAAAAGUAACCUGCACAGUUCUGAGAAAAGGCCCGAGUGCUGACUGAGAGAAUAUGUAUAGGUAUGGUCUGUGAUGGAAUAGGUGACAGCCAAAGGUCCACCGGGUGAUACAAGCAUAAUUUUGUCAAGUAAUUGUUUUCAUGUUUUCAAGUGCAUAAUAGAGGUUUUUGGAUUAGAUCACGUGUCGUUAAACCCGCCACCACCCGACAUAGCCAAUUAGUAAGGUUGAUCACGUAAACAAAAUACGAUAAUUAGUUCCUAGUUCAGUACACCGGUUUGUUGGAGAAUAAACCCACAACAUUUACAAUUUGUGUACAGCAUUUCGCCGGUAAUUACAACCAACCUCAUCAGGCGACAGCCAGUUGUGGAUAAAUACUCCUGUUUCGGUCUUAAAUAGUGAGAUAAAUGUGAUGUCAUCACUUGGAUCCAAUCAGGUGCGAAGACCGGGGGGGGGGGGGGGGUUAACGUAUUAAUAUGAAUUACUAUUAUUGGUUGUGUUACUACCAACGAAACUUGACUGGUACUGUAAUUGUAAGUGUUGUGGGUUUACUCUCCAACACUGGUGUGCUGCAGUAGUAACGAAGUAGCAUGUUUUGUUUACCUGACAAAUCUUAUUCAUUGGUUGUGUCGAGUGGUGGGAGGUUUAACGACACAUUUAUAUUUACCCAAUAUAACCAAAACACCUAUGGAUUUUGGGAGCGAAAGCCUACGUGUUAUGAAAUGGUUUACACGUUCAUUAAGCGAAUAAUUAUUGGACAUCCUCAGCUUACAUUAAUGACUUUGUGCUAUAUGUCUCAUAGCUUCCAUCAUGACCGCUUAUAUUUUAUUUACACAGUGACUGUAUUUUUAUGGACUCCGAGGACCGGGGCGUUAGAAAAUCAAGGAUAAACUAUUAUCCUGCCUUAGAUAGUGCUGAUGGGGUAAAUACCUUGGAGGGUGUGGGAGUGUAGCGUGUCUAGAAAUAAUCAUGAGCGUCGCUGUGGAGAUUAAAAGUAACACAAUGCAUAUGCAAAUAAUGCACCUCCUUCGAGAAGCUGUCCCUGCACAUGAAAAAAAAUAAAAUUGCCGAUGAAACACUGUCAAAACCGGUCCCGAGUUUGCUUGUGUUGAGCCGAUGCUGCUGAAGUGAUGUGCUCCCCAGCAGGUUAAUUAUAGACACGGGGAGGGCGCGCAUUGCCCACUUCGUUAUGUCUUACAACAUGAAAUCUUCAUGGUUCAAGGCAUUGGUUCAACACAAGCAAAAUCUCCACCGGUUACGACAUUCGGUGUCUUAUCAGCAGGGUCAGGAUUGCUUGCACAAAUGUAUGUACGUGAACUGCUUUCGCACUGUACGUAGACAACCGUGCUAAUUGGAGGUGCGGGGAAGGACAACAAACUAAACACAAAAAUCAGUUCUAGAGAAAUGCGCUUUCAAUCUAGUUGAUUUAAAAGUACACCGCUACAGUGGCUUCUUAUAUCGGAAGAGCGUCCCAGACAGCCGCAGAAGCUCAUCUGAAAGCGCGCGAUGCGGUGACCGUCUGUGAUGGGACUGCUUGAUGAACUGUCAGGUUAUUCUAGGCGGGGGCCAUCUUUGUUAGAUGUGGGUCCUUGUUCUGGUUCAAAACGCGAUAAUGCACAACACAUUUUAAUAAGCGUCGUUGUGGAGAAUGUAAGCCACAAAAUAAAUAAUGAGACCAUGCUGUAGUAGCGAUGGGAAGGGGCAGGGUGAGUGUUUGAAUGCCGUCACACUCGAGUUACUGCUUCUUAAUUGCGAGCGGCUGCACCUCGUGGCAGCCUGGGCCCAGUGCCCCCGGGCACGCGCUGAUUGAGCCGCCGCCUCGCGUGGGGAGAUCGCUUUCGGGGGAUGACGUCGAGUGGUGAACGGUGGUGGUUGUGAACGGCCGUAAAACAGUGGGGUUGGUGGAUCAUGCUGGUAUGAUGGUGAUAACGGUGACAGCAUUGAUGGUGGUGGAAAUAUUUGUGGUCGUGGUGUUGACGAAAUUGACAAUGAAGAUGGUGAUCAAAA